AUGAAGAGAAAGAGAAGGAGAAAGGUUCUUAGAGGAUCUGCUUCUGGUUCCCAACAAAUUAUAAAGCUUUUGAAGAGACAGAGAAAGGGGUCUUCUGAUAAAUUGCAUAGCUAUAAUCACGAAGACCGAAUUAGUCAGCUUCCGAAGGACAUCCAGUUGUUUAUAUUAUCGUUCCUGACAAUUAAGGAGGUGGCCAUGACUUGUUUCCUUUCCACUCAAUGGAGGGACUUGGGGGCUUCCAUUCCUCGUCUAGACUUCAACGCCUCAUUCUUCCCGAUUAACGAAGGCAUUACCCACCUGCCUCCGUACGCGAGGGAAGAUUACGUUAGACGUGUUAGUAAGGUGAUUCAAUCAUACAAAGGGCAGAUUUUGGAGGAGUUGAGACUUGAGUUUUGCCUGACUGAGAAGCAUAAAAGUUUUAUUGAUUGGUGUAUCGAGUUUGCUUUAUCUAAGAAAGUCAGGAAGCUGGAUUUGGACUUGAAUCUACCAUUUGGAGCUUGUAACGAGAUCUAUGAGAAGCAUCUCAUCUACAUGUCAAUAAAUAAUGUAAUUCUCAAGGAUGUCGAUCAGCAAAAGAAGUAUGUUUUUCGAGUAGGAGCUGCGAGCCAAGCUGCUACUCAUGAUAUAUCAUCACCCGUUUGCAGGUUUGAGUCGCUCACAUCUCUAUGUUUGAGGUCCGUCAGAAUGACUGGGGAUGUUCUGGAGGGUCUUCUGUCAACUUGUCCUAUUCUUGAAACGUUGACUCUGCAUCAUGUCUAUGACUUGGGCUGUUUGAAAAUUGCUGGUCAUUCUUUGAGGUUGAAGCACUUGGAGAUAAUGGGAUGUGGUGAAUUGGAGAAAAUCGAGUUAUAUGAUGUUGUAACAAUCGUUUCUUUUGUGUUGUAUGAUGAAAGAGUUCGUGUUCAUGUGCUGCCAGGCUGGUCUGAUAAGAAAUUUUUCCUGAGGAACCUUCCAGGCUUAGUGGAUGUAUCUUUUUCAAUAAUUUCAAAACUGGUGGAUCAGUUUCGUAUGCUCUCCUCCCUUGUUUCCCAGCUGAAGCAUCUGAAGGUGGCUGUUUACCCGGGACCUCUGGUAGAUCUAGACUAUCCAAUUGUCCACAAACUUAUUGGUCUGCUAGAAUUGCAAGUGCUCUGGGUAUCACCGCCGGAUCAGGAUCUCCUUAAGUUGGUGCCCCUCAUGGGAGCAGCACCUUAUUUGGAAAAUAUUACAAUACGGAUGAUUGGCAGAUUAUCAGUAGAAGAAUGGGAAAGUAGGGAGCUUAAGGAGGCCGAGAGACGUACUAAUGGCCUUGAACACCUCAAGGUGCUGGAAUUGGCUGGGUAUCGCCGAUAUCCAAAUGAGGACGACUUCAUCUCUUACAUCAUUACAAAUGCCACAGCACUUGAGACCAUUAUAAUAGACCCGAAUUAUCAAUCUAAGCCUAAGUGCCCUAUUAAUUCUUACAAAAAAAAAUCGCAGUUGGAUGAGAUUCAUAAGGUCGAAGGCUACGUGAGGCAACAUGCUAAGGAGUGGCUUCAAGGGAUCAUACCUCCUAGCAUUCAGUUGGUCAUCCGUUAG